ACAUACCGAGGCAGACUCCCAGCGGCUGCUAAUUUCCAUUUUACGUAAACUUUCGAAAUGGUGGCGACGGCUCUCUCCUCCGUCACCACCGCCGCGUUCUCCCCCCCUUCUAGUCAUCGUUUAUCCGUGUCUCAUACAAAAUCGGUAGAGAUCCUUGCCAUGGCGACUAAAAAGAAGGUCAACAGAUACGACGGUAACUGGAAAAAGGAGUGGUACGGAGCGGGAAUCUUCAGCGAGGGAAGUGAGGAACUGAGCGUAGACGUGGUCAAAAAGCUGGAGGAGAGGAAAGUGUUGAGCGGAGUGGAGAAAGCUGGCCUCCUCUCGAAGGCGGAGCAGUUAGGUUUCACCCUUUCUUCCAUUGAGAAGCUUGGUUUCUUCUCCAAAGCAGAGGAGCUGGGCCUUCUCAGCUUUCUGGAGAAAGCAGCCGGUUCGUCGCCAUCCACGCUGGCAUCUUUCUCAUUGCCGCUGCUCAUCGCAGCGGUGGCAGCGAUUGUUCUUAUCCCGGAUGAUUCUGCCGUACUAGUCGCAGUACAGGCGGUUGUCGCUGCCUUGCUUGGAGUUGGAGCUGCUGGGUUAUUUGUAGGAUCGGUGGUGCUUGGUGGCCUACAAGAGUCGGAGUAAAAAGAGAGCAUAUUCAGGCGCAUCAAGGUUGGUGUUUUCUGUCAUCUUUUGAUGUAAUGUAUAAUGAUUUUUAUUUAAUUUUUUUGUGGAUUUAAAGUUGUAUAUGAAAGAAUAUCAAGUUCUUACUAGAGGAAUAAAUUAAAUUUAAAUAGUGAAA